CUGAGCCCGCGCCCCGGCCCGCGGGGGAGUUCCCACAGUUGGCAGCUCGGCAACUCGGGGCCACAUCCUUGCUGCCGGCCAGGCGCCGCGCGCGGCGCGCGGGAGGCUGAACGCAGCCCCCCGGGUCGGCCCGGGCCAUGGCGAGGGACAGGCCGCCCGGGAGGGGUUGCAGCACCCUGAGCCGGUGUCUGCUUGGCGCUGCGCUGCUGCUCGGCCUGCGGCUCUGCGCCGAGCUUCGGCGCGCUGGGCCUCCGCCCCCAGCCCGCAGCGCCCCGCCGGGCCCAGCCCCCGGGCCUCCCGCACCGCACCUGCCGCCCGCACCCGGCCCGCAGCGCGGCGCCAGCAGGAGGCAGGUGACCUACGUGCGCAGCGGGCGCCGAGCUCCGCCGGGGGGAGGCGGGAGCGGGACGCCGGAGCCGGGCUGCUGUGGCCCGCGCGGGCGUCCCCGCCAGAAGGGUCCCCGGUGGCAUAUAGACCUCCAGCCUUGGGCAGGCCCUACUCAGUCCCUGGAUGAAGAAGCCUUGAGGUUCCUGAGAUACAUCAGCACCACCCAGAUUGCAUGUGCUCACAUGAGCACAGACAGCCUGGCUACUCACUCCAGCCCUGCAAAGAAGCCCUGGUUGGUUUGUCUAGAUGACAGGUUUGGUUUAGCUCAUCAAAUCCGCAACAAGCAGUGCCGUCUCUACUCUUUAGGGCUGGGAAGUGAUGAUACCCACUUUGAGGUUAGCAUGGCCAACAAUGGAUGUGAAGUGCAUCGUUUUGAUCCUAGUGUUAAAUCAGCUCACAUUCUGGAGAAUCAGCGCCUUUGGUAUCACCGCUUGUCCAUUGACUGGCGGGACCCCCAUCCAGCUGUUGCUGCCCAAAAACCACAUAGCAACACCAGAAAACUGGGAACCAUUUUGAAUGAAUUUGGGCAUCACAAGAUUGAUGUUCUCAAAGCAGAUCUGGAAAGUGCAGAAUGGAAAGUUUUGGAAAAUCUUAUUCUGGAAGAUGUCCUUGCACAGAUUGGACAGCUCAUCUUUGAGAUCCAUCUCCACUGGCCAGGGUUUGAGGUCAGUGGCAGCGACAGCAGUGUUGUGCGGUUCUGGUAUAGCCUCCUCAAAGAGUUAGAACUAAAGGAUUUCAGGCUUUUUCACAGUUACAAAGAUUUAUCUAAACCUCAGCUGUUCCUGAAGAAAGACAUUUUCAAUGCAAGUAGCUGUUAUACUCUGAGCUGGGUGAAUACAAGAUGGAAAUAGGUUGCAGGACCUCAUCAAGAACUCAAGGACAUACUUGCAGAAUGGAGUGUGUCCAUGAUUUGAAUUAUGGGUUUCCUUGUCCAGUCUCCCACUAGCCUGUUACCUACUUGAGGCGGAAAUUGUUAUUGUCUUUGUAGUGCCUGGAGCCUGAUGCCUGGCACGCGGUAGGGGCACAGUUACCGUUUGUUGAAGGGGUGGACACAGCGUGCUGCAGGGGUCAGCCUCUGUCUGCCUAGACCCAGGCUUUUUGCCUCUUAGCCUCUGACAGAGUGGGGAUGGUUGUCUGGUUGUCCUCCUUCACGUUAACCUGGACCAUCAUCCCCCACUUACCUCAGUUUUCCCUAAAACUUAUUAUGUAUCUAUAGUCUAUGAAUUCACCAACAUGGAAAAGUAAUUACAUAAAUUUUCCAUUUUUACUGAGAUUCUUGUUUUUGUAGCCUACUGUUCAAAAUACCACCUUUCAUUUGACUGGGACUCACCUCUUGUACGGUUUUCCUGUUCACCUUGUCAAUGACGUGCUUUACGUUUUGCAGAUUUCAAUCAUGCCUUCUCAACCUUUGCUGAGGCCCUGCCCAUAGUUUUACAAGAACCGCCGAUUCUAGUAUCUGGGAACUCAGACACAUCAAAUUCUGUCACUGAAUUUAAAGACUAGACUAUCAAGAACUGCGGCUAAGCGUGCUGUUCAUACACAGCCUUAAAUCUCCUUCCUUUCCUAGGAAACGAAGCACAAAACAGAAUUUUGGGGUCUUUACUGUUGCCUCUUCUGACUUCAAACCUGAUUUCUCAACCACAGACUUGCCGAUGUUGUCAAAUCUUUUUUUAAAAAAUACAUUAUCUCAAAGAUUGAGUUUUUCUUUACUGCCAGUUGGCAUUUGUUAUAAGCCUGUGGCUUGAGGGCCAGAGUUUCUCUCCUUCCUGGGAUAGUUACACACGUUUCAGUAGUACUUAUCCUUUUUCCACGUCAAAAAAUUAAGCAGAAAAUGCAGUUCUCAAUAGUUCAAAUGAUCUCUAUCAUUUCUAUUUAUAAGAUUAGACAUUCACCCCUACAAAUGAUUUUCAAAAAUCUUAUUUUAAAUAAAUUAAAUAGUAUAACAAUAAACCAAAUUAUUACCUUAUUAUAAAUUAAGAAUAUUUUCUUAUACUUUUUAAACCUUGAGAGAGCAGGAAAACAUGCAUACAUGUUUGUUCAAGAAUUUUGGGGAGGGAAUAGAAUACUGAUUACACUAAGCUGUAUUCCUUUUCCCCAUUUUUUAUGUAUUUCCACCCCAGACAUUCCCUGGGUUGGCUUUUGUUUCUUGCAAUGGUUUGAAAAUAUCAGUCUUCAAGUGAGAAACCAAAAUAUAUUAGAGUUAGAUGAUCUCACUAACUUGGGUUCAAAAGAAACAAGACUUUCUAAAUUAGUAGUGAUUUUAAAAAAUACAAAUGAGGUUUUUAUUUUAAAACACAGCGUCCACUAAUAAAAGUCAUUGUGGUGGGAGGACCAGCUUGAAUAAGUGUAAUUUGGAAUAGCAGUUUGGUUGCUUUUAAUGUCCAUAGGUAUUUCAAAGGGGCCCAUAAAAACUCUGAAGUCAUAUUGUUAGUUUGCAUAGCCUUCAAAACAAGGUAACUUCCAUCCAGUUCCUGUUUGGAUUAUAUCACAGAUUCUUUCUCUUUUAUUUUUUAAUAAAUGUUUUAUACAGUGAAGUAUAUACAGUAAACCUUUUUAUACAUUAAACCUUUUAAUUUUAAACCUUCUUACACACUAAAGUAUGAAGUGCACUGAUCUUAAGUGUCCAGUCUGAUCAGGUUUUAGGUGUGUACACACCCAAUAUCAAGAUUCUCAGUUCAUGGGAUUGAAGAUUUAUGGUGUUACUAAAAGCCCUCUUUGUACAGGGCAUUUAUUUCAGAUUGGUGGUACAGAACACUGACUUCGUUGCACUAUAUCUGAAGCAAGAAUGGGUGUACUGUUAAGAAAAAAGACAAGACAAACUCAGAAUAAACCACAAACACACCACCCACAUCCACCUACUAGGCAGCCUGUUCAAUAGUUAUUUGCACUUAUUUUAUGCUUAUAUCUAAGACUGUCCUUCAUUCCCUUCAUGGAGAGUUUGAAAUUUAUGAUGCAUUUUUUGCCUGUUGCUAUGGUUUCCCUGCCUCUAGAAUUUAUUAUGCUUAUUGUAUUGGCCAGGGUUUCUUAACCUCAGCACUCCUGCCAUUUCAGGCUGGAUAAUUCUUUGUUGGGGGAGGGCGGGCUGUUCUGUACAUUCUAGGAUGUGUAGCAGCAUUCCUGGCCCUUCCCACUGGGAGAACCUUCCCCACUCCUGCCUCAGUUGCGACAACCAGAUUUGUCUCCAGACCAUGUUAAAUGUCCCCUUGGGGGCAGAAUCUCCCACUGUGGAGAACUCCUGGGGUAGGCCAUGAGAAAGGGUCGAGGUUACCACAGCACUGGUGUUUGGGGAGAUCCUGCUGGUGAAGAGCUGGCAAAACAACCAUCAUCAUCAUCAUCAAAACUACUACAAAAGCCAUAUAAACAAAAUCCAAACAAAAUGAAGAGCUAGUAUUUAUUGUAGCUAUUACUAUGUGCUCAGCAGAAUAAUGCAUACAUUAUUCCUAAUUCUCCCAACAACUUAUGAGGAGCUGUAAUUUUCCCGAUUGCAUAUGUAGGUAAGGAAACUCUGAGAGGUUAACUAGUUUAUUCAGAUCAUCCAGCUACAAGAUGGUGGAGCAGGAAUCCACACCUACGUGGAUUCCAGAUCCCACAGCCCCUGCUGAUCCCUGAACAAUGCUGCCUCAAUAGCAUUUAACAAAUGAAGGUGCUACUUCCAAAGGACAUAUUUUUUUUCACCCUGUUAGUAAAUGGGAGAAAAAACUACAAAUAUACUAAGACCAGACCUGCAAAUCUGUUAGAGUUGGGAUCAUUUUUGUAGCAUGCAGGUUAAAUUUAGACAAUCUACUUAAUUAAAAUAUGCCUGCCAAAUGGAAGCUUACUGAAAAAAUAUGGGACCCAAUAACUUCUCUGUCAAUAUAUUCGGGUUGCCAGAAAAGCUCUUGCAAAGCUUUGAAAGUAACUCUUGGCCCUGGCUUAUCCCAAUACUUGGCACAUUCCUCCUGGGUUUUAGAAAGGGCGCAGUCACUUGGAAGUGCAGUAUGAGUUCUCUUUGCUUCAAACUAGUUUUUGACCCUAAAUAAAUGAGCUCAGAUGUGAAUAUCUGUGACAAACAUCUCUUAAUUAACUGUUACCAGAGCAAUGUUCAUAAAUAAAUCUGAAAAUACAACUUUGAUAAUGCUGUAAUCAAAUAAUAAAAAAAACUUUUUUUAGGUGAAGAACAUGAGGGUGUAAGAGAUUCAGAGGUCACCUUUUAGUACAAACUCUGUGUCAUAAUUUGAGAUUAAAGUCAAAGAAAAACAAUUUUUCCUUUCCGUUUUUUAGAGUGAUCAUAUUUGAUGCAGUUAUAAUUGGUUAUCAUACAAAUAUUUGCAACUAUUUGACAUGUUCAAAUGAAGAGAGCCAGGGAGAAGUAAACAAACUUCUGUUAGAAUUGACUGAAAGUCCAUUAAUAUUUACAUUGGAGUAAAACAAAAGUAAAUUCAUGAAUUUACAGUGUUCAGUCCAAAUCAGCUAUUCAUGUAAACAUUUCUGCCUUGGCUGUAAGAGUUCAGUAUAUAGUAAAUACAGCACUACAUUUGCAUGGCCUAAGUAUUACAUCUUUGGAUUUUGCAAAGCUUGAAUUUACACCAGGAAGCUAGCCUCAUCAUAUUUUGCCAGAUUAAAAUGAAGGCCUCAUUUAAAAAGAUUAUUAUACUUGAUAAUACAACAGUAUCUCCAAGCUCAAUUAAUAUAAUUUUCUUCUGGAGAUAAAUUUAUGUUUGCCUUUUAAGCAAUAACAUAAUUCUUUUGUACUAGUCAAUUGCUGAUUCUUUGUGAAUUCAAGAAUACAUUUAACCUUAUGCUAAAAUGUCAUCCUUUUUCUUACAUUGAAAGAGGUAUUUGAACUUUACUUAUCACAUGAAAUCAUAUUCCAAAAAUUCAGUAUAUUCUUAAACUGCCUAAAUUUGGAAAUCAUUGAAAAAUUUUAAAUAAUGUUAUUGUAUUUCUGUCCUUAAGGAAAAUAAAUCAGGCAAGCUUAAUGUUGUCACACUUUAUGUUUAGCACUAUAUGGAAAAAUGAUAGUUCUCAACACUCAUUAAAACCAAUGCUUUGUAAAACUAGCAAUUUCAUAUUCUCAUAUAAAAUAUUUUGUUUUUCUUAGUGAUUGGUUAUGUGCAAUAAGAUUGUCUGAAACAAUAAGGGAUUUUUUUUCCUGUCAAAUUUGAAUUCUAAUCUAGAUUAUUUCAAUAGAGUAGCUCAGUAUACGUAGGACAGAUAUGCAAUCAAUAUGUACCAGUGAGCUAUAGAGUUGGUAAAUGACUGUGGUCCCAAGUCAUUCUCCUCCGCCAUAGUCCCUCCCACGGGACACCCAGACCUUCCCAAGAUCGAGCAAUUAAUAAACAGCACACUAGGCAGCUUCCAGGACCCUUCCCUAGCACAGUGGUUAGCUUUUAUUCUAACUGCUGUAGGUCCUGUGUUACUACUGGUCAUGGGAUAUUUUGAUAUCACCCCCCAGGUGGGUAUAUACACAAGGUACCAAAAAAAUGUAUACACAUUUAAGAAAGGAAAAAAAAACUGUAGUAAAAUUGUAAUACUCAAUAUAUACCCAUAACAAAAGAUGACUACAAGUCAUGUGUAUACAUAUUUUUUGGCACCCCCCAGUAUGAUGAGCCAAGGUUCAAGUGGGUUCUGUAACAUUAAUGAAAUCACAAUUAUGUUAAUAAAAACAAGCUAUUAAUUAUCUGCAGAAGACAAUGUUAUUUCUCAAGGAUGGAUGUUAGGUCAAACAUCAUUUCCACACACACCAUUUAAGGCCCCUAACUGUUUCUCUUCGAUGCCCUCUAGUCUCUUCCCUAUCUUUGUACUUUAAUGUAUUUGCUUGUCUAACAGCGGUCUUUCCCGGCAGACUGUGUAAGCUCCAUGGAGGUAAGCCCUAGUGUCUGCUAGGUAAAAGGUGCUCAAUAAAUAUUUCUUGAAUAUGAAUAAAGAAAGGUAUUUCA